AGGUACUCUUUCUUUCACUUAAUACGUCCUAAAGGGGGUGUCAAAGGAAGCUUCUCCUGCUUUGGUUUGGCUUGCUCUUUAUUGCCCUCGUACACUUUGCAUUUUCAUAUUUUCCAUUGAUACAAGCUCAUGAAACAUAUGCAAUAGAUUUGCGAUGUUUAUACUCAAUUGUUAUGACAUUCUCUAGUGUUCACUUUGGCCCAUGGCAAUACUACCCGAGAUUCUCAAUUUGUGAGAACGGACGGCAGAGACAGCACAUGGUGUCUCACAACCACCUUCACCUGUGAUCUAUCUACUCCUCUCCUAUUUAUUCGUCCCUCAUAUCAACUUCGUUACACUACCCAUACCAAUCCUCCGUUCUUCUUCUUCCACAUUCCCUGACUCACCCACCUCCAACUGCAUCAUGGGCUUUCCUUCUGUUUGCUACUGCGUCAUCCUCCCCAAGCCUCUACUGCUCGUUGUCCAGCUCGUCGACCUCGUCGUCUCCUUCACCAUCUCCUGCCUUGGGCUGUGCCCACCGCAAGAAGACUCCGCUUAUCCUUCGCCGGCGACUGCAGUCCACCCUUCUGUGAUCAAGAGGAGCCUCCCCAUCGUUGAAUUCUCGACCCCGAGGAGGAGUCCGGUGCCGCUCGAAGGCGACGAAGCCGUUUGCGCGGUUUGCUUGGGGACGCUGGAGGAAGGAGAUGAGGUGAGGGAGCUCGGAAACUGUUGUCAUGCAUUCCAUCGCCUGUGCAUAGAUAAGUGGGUCGACAUGGGUCGGGUCACCUGUCCGCUGUGCAGAACUCAGCUGCUGCCGAGGGGAAGGGCAGAGAAACAGCAGUUGGUAAUGGCAGUCGAGUUUAUGUGAAGAUCUUCUUAGAAUUCAAAUGGUACAGAAUGUGUAGAAGCCUGGAUUAUAUCUUUGGAGUCUUUAUUGGAGCUAACAAUUAAGCUUAAUGAAAAUAAUGUGCUGAUUAUUAAGUAA